AUCUGAGAAUAUACAAGAAAUGUUUGAUGGCUGUCACUUGUAUUGCCUUAAGUAUAUGUAUUUACUGGAAUUUUGUAAUGGGGAAGUUUUGCAAACAUAUCUCUGUACUUUAAUUAAUUGUUACUUAUUGGCUGCCAUAUAGUAUAAAUCAAUACUGGCGUGACCAAAUAUGGACUUCUCCAAAUUAAAUUAAGCUAGCUAACAGAAGAGUUUUAAGAGGUAAGCUUUGUUUUCUGUUUGAAAAACAAAUGUGUCCAGUGAAAGUCAUCAAUUAUUUGACAACUUAAUAUUUAAGUGUUUUUACAAUACACAGCAAUGAAUCCAUGAUAAACAGAUUUAUCAGUAGCUUCAAUACAAAAGUUGCCUCCAGCAAAUUAGCCUGCUAGCUUGACGAGGCAAUGUUAACUAACGUUAUGGUUAGGGUCCUAUGAUUGAGACAGAUGCUAAGAGGGAAAAAAGGCUUACACCAUGGCCACUUGUAUUAAAUUAAAAAUAUCAAUCACUUAUUUACUUUAUAUAAGCUAGCUAACAUUUUUGUCUCACUUUUCUGUUUUAAAUAUAAUGAACAAGUUAGCUAGUUGACAAUAUUUCUAACAAAGUUAGUACCUGUACCUAGCUGCUUGCGUUGCUAGGCAACAUCUAGCUAAGGAAAUGGUAGCUGUUAAAGGCUAGUUUUAAACUGUCCACUUAGCUUUUAACCUGAGGGAUACAAACCAUAUUUUAUAUAGCAACCAUUUCAAUACGAAGUAAUGUUUUUCGUGUUUUAACCCUUUAACUACAAAUUAAAAUUACAGCUAACCUUUUUGCAAACCAUAGUGCUGUUUUUCUAACCAGGCAGCCAUUGAUUUCCAUACAUUUGUGUACAGUUCGAAAAUAAAUUAGCCAAUUUCUGAAACUUUGUUAACUUGUGUACUCCAUCACAGUCUGCAUUAAUCUUUUGUCUCGCUUAAUUACAUUUUUGUUGCAUGUUGAGGUUUAUGUUCAAAUUGAUUUUAAAGGUCUGAUCUGCUCUACCAUAACAUAAUAGUGUAGCUAACUCGGACAAAAAAAAUAAUGCAAACUUGAUGUUCACUGUGAUAAAUGGCACUACUGUAGCAAGUUUCACAAGUCUGCUAAUAGAUUUUUAUACUGAACAGUCAUCCAUGUCUUUGUGAGUGGUAAAUAAAGGGUUAAACCACUGUGCAGCUUGGUGGGAUCCCAGUUGAGUGUGUGUGGCUGGAUGGUGACUGGUGAGGCACCUGUCCCUGGUGUCAUGAUGUUACUCAGCCUGCACAGUCUCUCUGCUCUGUCAGUCUGCUGCAGCAGGACUCCAUACCAGCAGCCCUCUCACAGUCCCACAGCCCGAGAAAGAUGGAGACAGCCAAUCACAUCAACAUUGCAAUGAUUGAAGAUAUCGGCACCAACGGGAUGGCCAGGUCAAAGGUCAUCAUGGCCAUGGACCAGAACAAGCAGCCGUGUGGCUCCACUGUGAGCUUCCACAACAUCCAGUACAAAGUGCAGCUGAAGAGCAGCUUCUUCUGCAAAAGGAAAACCAGUCCCAAGGAAAUACUGGUCGACCUCAAUGGGAUCAUGAGACCUGGCCUCAACGCUAUUCUCGGACCUACUGGAAGUGGAAAAUCUUCAUUCUUGGAUAUUCUGGCUGCAAGGAAGGAUCCUUCAGGUCUCUCAGGAGAAGUCCUCAUUGACAGAGCACCACAGCCUCCAAACUUCAAGUGCCUCUCUGGCUAUGUGGUUCAGGAAGACGUGGUCAUGGGCACCCUGACUGUGAGGGAGAAUCUGCGUUUUUCUGCAGCACUGCGGCUGCCCAGCUCUGUGCCUCAGCAUGAGAAGGAGGCUCGAGUCAAUCACCUCAUUAAAGAACUGGGUCUCACCAAGGUGGCUGACUGCAAGGUGGGCACGCAGAUAACCCGAGGAAUCUCUGGAGGAGAGAGGAAGAGGACAAACAUCGGUAUGGAGCUGAUUAUUGAUCCCUCAGUUCUCUUUCUGGAUGAACCGACCACAGGACUGGACGCUAGCACUGCUAACUCUGUCCUGCUGUUACUGAAAAGAAUGGCCAGUCAUGGAAGAACCAUAAUUAUGUCCAUCCACCAACCGCGAUACUCCAUCUACAGGCUGUUUGACACUCUGACUCUGCUGGUUAGUGGUAAAAUGGUGUACCAUGGACCAGCGGCAAACGCUUUGGACUACUUCGCCAACAUUGGUUAUCCCUGUGAGCCCCACAACAACCCAGCUGACUUCUUUCUUGAUGUUAUUAAUGGAGACUCCACCGCUACAACCAUGACCAAAGUGCACGGGUCUGAAGAUUUGGACUUUGAAGAGCUCAGCAGCUCCAGGCAGAGCAUCGAGGAGCGCCUGGUAGAGGAGUACAAAAACAGCAGCUACUCCAGCGACACAAGAGCUGAGCUGGACCGCAUCGUCCAGGAUAAGAAGUGUAUCUCAUGUUCAAAAUCCCGCACCAUCACCUACAACAGCUCCUUCUUCCACCAGCUACGUUGGGUGCUAAAGAGAACCUUCCAGAACCUCAUGCUGAACCCACAAACAUCUGUUGCCCAGCUGGGAGUCAACAUUUUCCUCGCCCUCAUCGUAGGAGCCAUUUUCUUCGGGAUCAAAGAUGAUCAGAGCGGUAUCCAGAACAGGAUGGGUGCCCUCUUCUUCAUCACUACCAACCAGUGUUUCAGUACUGUGUCUGCAGCUGAGCUCUUCAUCAUCGAGAGGAAACUGUUUGUGCAUGAGUACAUCAGUGGCUACUACAGAGUGUCUGUCUACUUCCUCUCUAAGAUCCUGUCUGACAUCAGUCUGCGCACCAUCACCUCUGUCAUCUUCAGCUGUAUUGUCUACUUUAUGAUCGGGCUCAAAUCCACAGCAGCAGCCUUUUUCAUCUUCACGCUGACAGUGACUCUGGUGGCCUACACAGCCACAGCCAUGACCAUGGCCAUCUCAGCUGACCAGAGCGUCGUGGCUCUCGCCAACAUCUUCAUGACUAUCACCUUUGUCUUCAUGAUGAUUUUCUCAGGUCUCCUGGUGAACCUACCCAGCAUCAUGGACUGGCUGGCUUGGCUGAAGUACUUCAGCAUUCCUCGCUACGGCCUCGCAGCCUUGAAGAUCAAUGAGUUUGUGGGUUUGAAGUUCUGUGAGGAGGCUGUGAUCCGAAACACCAACAUGUCGGCUACAGUGAUCAACUGCAGUGUGAGCACAGUUGGGCUGACAUGUACAGGAGAGCAGUAUCUGGACUACCUGGGAAUAGAGUACACCACCUGGGGACUGUGGGAGAAUCAUGUAGCUUUGACCGUUAUGACACUCAUUUUCCUCAUCAUUGCCUAUCUGAAACUCCGCUACAUCAAGAAAUUCACUUAAAUGUGUGAUUCUGCUUUAUAUUUAUUUCUUUUCAAUGAACCAGGACAGCAAAUGUUCACCAAAACAUUUACCAUUAAAGGAAGAGUACGACAUUUUGGGAAAUACACUUAUUUGCUUUUUUUGCAUAUUGUUAGAUGAGAAGACUGAUGCUACUCUCAUGUCUGUGCGUUAAGUACGGAGCUGGAGCCAGGAGGCAGUUAGCUU